UAAGGGGAACGUAGUGGGAUUGGUCAGGAUAUGACGGCUGCUUUAAUGUUGCACUUUCUAUUGGAAUUUCUUCGCGUCCGUUAGGGAAACUAUUUAAAUUACUCACUUUAUAAACUUUGUGCGCUUGUUAUUUAUCAAGUUUGACCAUUCGCGCAACACAAGGGCGUCUUUUUUAUGCGCAGGAUGAUGUUAGCCACCGGGCUAACGUUACCUGGCUAGUAUUUACUAGCGAAAUGCUAAUCGAUUAUGCUAACUGGCCCGAACGGCGAGCAACCGUCACCUGGUGAAUAAUUAAAUAGGGUCAUCGAUGCCGGAAAGUGGAUUACAUGAUGCCUGACCACAGCUAGGACGACCCGCCCUACAAUAUGCGGUGUGUCAGAGCCAAGUGUCACCGUGUCCGUGCAUGCAGCAGGUCUUUCCAUGACGCCAGCGUUCCUUCCUCCUGGAUUCUGCUUUGAUGGAACUGAUCUGUUUCUGUGCCGUCCUAGAGCGUCAGCGAUGAAUAUGCGCGCGGUGAAAGCUUGUCUGACCGAAUGCUCGUGAAUCACAUCUUCCAAAGAGGACUCUGACCAGAAGCGACACCAGGACCGGACCGGACCGGACCGGCCUGCACCUUAAUUUUAAUCUCUUUUUUUUUUAACAAACGAACAAUCAGGAGCGCAGCAGGAGUCAUGGCGUCUGUGUGGAAGAGACUGCAGCGUGUAGGGAAGCACGCGUCCAAAUUCCAGUUUGUGGCCUCCUAUCAGGAACUCAUGGUGGAAUGUACAAAAAAAUGGCAACCUGACAAACUUGUGGUCGUGUGGACGCGCAGGAGUCGCCGGAAAUCCUCCAAGUCUCAUAGUUGGCAGCCGGGCAUCAAAAACCCGUACAGAGGAGUGGUGGUGUGGCCUGUUCCUGAGAACGUGGAGAUUACGGUCACACUGUUUAAGGAUCCCCACGCCGAGGAGUUUGAAGAUAAAGACUGGACGUUUGUUAUCGAGAACGAGUCUCCGUCGGGCCGGAGGAAAGCCCUGGCCACCAGCAGCAUCAACAUGAAGCAGUACGCCAGCCCCAUGCCCACGCAGACGGACGUCAAGCUCAAGUUCAAGCCUCUGUCCAAGAAGGUGGUGUCGGCCACGCUGCAGUUCUCGCUGUCCUGCAUCUUCCUGCGUGAGGGCAAAGCCACGGACGAAGACAUGCAAAGUCUGGCCAGUCUGAUGAGCAUGAAGCAGGCCGACAUCGGCAACCUGGACGACUUCGAGGAGGAAAACGAGGAGGACGAGGAGAACCGCGUCAACCAGGAGGAGAAGACUGCCAAAAUCACAGAGCUGAUCAGUAAGCUGAACUUCAUGGAUGAGGACGAGCAGCAGCAGAGCCACGCCAGCUCCAACCCCUUCGAGGAGGCCGCCGACCCCGCCGACCUCAACCCGUUCUGCGACCCCGAGGAGGAAGAAUCGAGUCCACCACCUCCAGUGCAGCCCACUCCAAAGCCGGAGGACUCGCCCAAUCCUCCGAACCCGUUCGACGACCCCGAUCCAGAGCCCCCGGAGUACAGGAACCCGUUCGAUGAACCGGAGCCGGAGAGCUCGACCCCCAAAGGCAGCGCCAGGAGGACGCCGCGGCCCGUGGACAUGAGCAAGUACCUGUACGCGGACGCCGGCAAGACCGAGAGGGACGACGCGGAAGAUAUGGACGAAUCGAACCCCUUCUUCGAGGCCAGGUCAGGCACUCCGGUCGAGUCCGCGACAGAGAGCGCUGCAACAUCCAAGAACGCCAAACGUCGUGCCCCUCUGCCUCCUUCAGCGACCCCCGCCGACCCAGUCGUGCCCAGUGAGCCCAAACCUGCCGUGCCUGAAAAGGUGCCCGUGGCGUGUCCUGCUUUAGGGCCAAGAGAGCUGGUCUCUUCUUCACCCAAAGACAGUCCGGUUCCCAGUCCAGUUCUGGGCGGGAGGCCGAACGCCAGCCAGUCUCUCCUAGCCUGGUGUCGAGAGGUGACCAAGAACUACCGCGGCGUGAAGAUCACCAACUUCACCACCUCGUGGAGGAACGGCCUGGCCUUCUGCGCCCUGCUGCACCACUUCAGACCCGACCUCAUUGACUACAAGUCCCUGAAUCCUCAAGACAUCAAAGAAAACAACAAAAAGGCGUACGACGGCUUCGCCAGCCUGGGCAUCUCCCGGCUCCUGGAGCCGGCCGACAUGGUGCUGCUGGCCAUCCCGGACAAGCUGACGGUGAUGACCUACCUGUACCAGAUCCGCGCUCACUUCAGCGGCCAGGAGCUGAGCGUGCUGCAGAUCGAGGCCCAGGCCGGCCGCAGCACCUACAAAGUGGGCGACUUCCACACCGACACCGACAGCUCCGUCGCCCACGACACCUUCUACGCCGAGGUCCACAACCAGCCGCCCAAGCCUCACCCGGCGGAGGAGGAUGAGGAGGCUGAGCCGGGGGUGCAGGCGGCCCCCGAGGGCCUCGCCGGGACGUCUUCGGCCGAGGCCGAACCGAGCUCGGAUCCUCCGACGUCCAGACCAGAAGCUCCCGACACGAGAGUGGACACGGUCGACGCGGAGAGGGAGAAGAAGAAAGAAAACGACCUGAGCGUUACGUUUAGCGGAGGACGGCAUGAAGCGGCGCCUUCGCGGCCACCCACGCUGGGCACCAGCUUCAGUCGAGACGUGGACCUGAACAAGACGAGGAGCAUCAUGGGACAGAAUGAGACGGACAGCAGAAUGACCAAGAGCAGCUCGUUACAGGUCAACUAUACAGACCCGCCCGUCAAACAGGAAGCUGUACCAGCCCUGGCACCCAGCGCCAACAAGGAGAAGAAGGUUCAGUCUCGACAGGAGGAGCUGAAGGAGAGGGCCCGACUGCUGCUGGAGCAGGCUCGCAGAGACGCCGCCCUGAAAGCCAGGAACAAAGUCGUCCCCAGCGCCACCUCGCCCACGCACGCGCGCCCGCCGCAGAUCUCUGACGAGCGUGAUGAGGAGAGGCGCAGGCAGCUGAGGGAGCGGGCGAGGCAGCUGAUAGCCGAGGCUCGAUCGGGAGUGAAGAUGGCAGAGUUCCCUCUGCACUCAGAUGCCGCCGCCGCUCCUGCAGGAGAGUUCAAAGGAAGGUCAAAGGCAGCUGGAGCCGGGGAGGAUCGGGUGUGUGUGGACGGUGAGGACGAGUGGCCCGGAGAAGUGAAGGUGGAACUUUCUCACCACGAUGAUGAUGAUGAUGAUGUGGAGGGUUGUGAGAAUGACGAGGAGCCCGUGGCCUCCUGUCUGAUGGAGGAGGAUUUUACUAACUCUGCUACUGACCUGGCGUCUCUGGGAGUGAUGAACAGCAGACACGUUGACCUGAAGCUGAAGAAGCUGACAGAGGUUCCACAUUACGGCGGCAGCUCACCUUCGUCCUCCUCAUCGUCCUCGUCCUUCACGGCCUCCACCACCUCGCCCGUCAGCCCGGGAGUCGAGAUCCACCUGGGAGUGCAGAAUAACAGCGAGGAGCUGAAGGCCGAGCGUCUGCGCCGAGCGUCCGAGCGGCUGCGCAGUCCCGUCUUCAGGAAGGAGUCGGCCGUGCGCAAGACGCAGCUCCAGUCCUUCAGCCAGUACGUAGAGAGCAGACCAGAGGUGAAGCGGCAGAGGUCGGUGCCGGAGGACCUGAAGCGAGCGGCCGAGGACAGGAGUGGAGCGUCAGAGGUGGAGAACCGAAAGCCUGAAGACGAGGCCUUCAGAGACACGAGUCAGUACGUGGUGGGCGAGCUGGUGGCCCUGGAGAGCGAGCAGAGGCAGAUCGACACCCGCGCCUCCUGCGUGGAGAAGCGCCUGCGCUACCUCAUGGACACAGGAAAGAAUAAGGACGAGGAGGAGACCAUGAUGCAGGAAUGGUUCACGCUGGUGAAUAAGAAGAACGCUCUGAUCCGACGCCAGAACCAGCUCUCUCUGCUGGAGAGGGAGCACGAUCUGGAGAGACGCUUCGAGCUGCUGAACCGCGAGUUAAGAGCAAUGCUGGCCAUCGAAGACUGGCAGAAGACUGAAGCCCAGAAGCACAGAGAGCAGCUGCUUCUGGAUGAGCUGGUCAUACUGGUCAACAAACGGGAUGCUCUGGUCCGAGAUCUGGAUGCGCAGGAAAAAGAGGCAGAGGAGGAGGACGAGCACCUUGAACGAACUCUGGAACAGAACAAAGGAAAGAUGGCUAAGAAAGAAGAAAAGUGUGUCCUUCAGUGAUUCCAAAGGAACACCACAAACAAACUAAAACAGAUUUUAAAAACAUGUUUACUACAAUUUUAAGAAAUGUAUUAUGAUUAUACUGAGCAUUGUGUAUUUAAUGCUUUUUCCACUUUCAGCCGAGGCUGGUGCGUAUGAGUUCACUAAUGUCUUUGGUUUUGUUUAUACUAAGAUUACAUUUCAGCAACACUAAUAGGUUUUGUGUUAGACGGUACUUUUAACUUUUUAAUUGAAAGUUCUCUGUAUUAAGCUGUGUAACUAACCGACUCUGGCUGAUAUUUCAAACGCAAGGAACCAAACUCAAGUCGCUGUGUGUUCAGUGGGGAUUAGGACUGAAUUUCUAGGUACAACCAACAUUGUUUUAUAGGGAAUGUGAGGAUGUAUCAUAUUAAUUUUUGCCUUUUUUUAGAAAAAAAAUGUUCAAUCAUUUCAACUCACAAGUUCACAUAUCUCCACAUUUCAUUUCAGUGUUUGUUAGUUAUUGUAUAUCUUUUAAUUCAAUACUUUUAAAUUGUAUAGGAAAUCUACAGAUGGGAAUGUUGCAUUUAAAAAAAAAAGAACACUUACGGUUGUGUUUGUUUUAUCAUUUUUAUCAUUGUUUUAGAAUGGUUUACCAAACCUCUUAGUGAGAACUCAGUACUUUUAAGUACUUUGUGGUGACUGAAUGUUCAAGCUGUACAUUUCAUUCAACUCUUAAACAAUUCUCAUUUCAAAGAGCAGUUUGAGAUCAGAAUUAAUUUAUUACUGCUCGUCCUUUGAGAUGUUCAACUAACCAUCUUGGCAGCCAUGUGCAUUUACUCAAGGACCUUGUUAAUAUUUAUUGUGUACUUACAAAAUGCUUCGAUAUGCAUCUCUGGAUCACCGGCUGUGCUGCUCUUAUUGUGUGAAAUUUAUCAUUUUUUUAUUUAUUCAUAAAAUGACACGUCAAUAAAAUCUGAAACUCUUUCAUACUCUUGAAACCAGUCCCAGUGUUUACUUGUGCAGCAUUUUAUUGUAAAGUAUUAAACUAUUUUGAGACGUUUA